AUGGAGCAGCCCGAGGACAUGGCGUCGCUGAGCGAGUUCGACUCCUUGGCGGGCAGCAUCCCGGCCACCAAGGUGGAGAUCACCGUGUCCUGCAGGAACCUUUUGGACAAAGACAUGUUCUCCAAGUCUGACCCAUUAUGCGUCAUGUAUACUCAAGGGAUGGAGAACAAGCAGUGGCGGGAGUUCGGACGCACUGAAGUCAUCGACAACACACUCAAUCCCGACUUUGUGCGCAAAUUCAUUGUGGAUUACUUCUUCGAGGAGAAGCAGAACCUCCGUUUUGACCUAUAUGACGUUGACUCCAAGAGUCCUGAUUUAUCCAAACACGAUUUUCUGGGCCAGGCCUUCUGCACCCUUGGAGAGAUUGUGGGGUCCCCUGGGAGCCGCCUGGAGAAGUCCCUCACAAUAGGAGCAUUCAGCCUGAAUUCCAGGACAGGCAAACCCAUGCCAGCUGUAUCCAACGGUGGUGUCCCAGGGAAGAAAUGUGGCACCAUCAUCCUGUCUGCUGAGGAGCUCAGCAACUGCAGGGAUGUCGCCACAAUGCAGUUCUGUGCCAACAAGCUGGACAAGAAGGAUUUCUUUGGGAAGUCUGACCCCUUCUUGGUGUUCUACAGAAGCAACGAGGAUGGAACCCACGUCCCGAGUGUGUGUUGAAAUGAAUUGAGUUGAACUGGGAGAUGACUGCACGGACCAUUUCCACACUAGGGUCUCGUCCCCCACGG